AUCCGACAACAAAGUACCUUCUGUUCAGUCAUUCGAUCAUCAACGUCUGUCCGCAGACAGUGCUCAUCUACACGCUGCUCAUACGUGAGCACAACCGCAUGGCCAAGAUCAUUACCAAAGACUUUGGCUUUGACGUGGCCGCAGAUGAUGAGGCUAUCUUUCAGUAUACACGUCGUUAUAUUAUCGCACUCAUUCAGAAAAUCACUUACGAGCAGUAUCUUCCCGCAGUGCUGGGAGUGCUGAUGCCUGUUUACAAUGACACAAUGUAUGAUCCCCAAAUCGACCCGAGCGUAGACCUGUUCUUUGCCAAUGUGGCGAUGCGAUAUGGCCACACGGCCACCAGCAGCGUUGUAAUGCGCCUCAAUGAGAAUGGCACGGUGAUUCCACAAAGCCAUAUACUGCUUCGCGAUAGCACGUUCAAUCUCUCUUAUAUCUUUGAGGCUGGCUUGGAGCCCAUCGCUCGCGGAUUCUUGUUUCAGCCCGAGCAGAUGGUCGACUACCAUUUCGUCGAGGACAUCCGUAGCUACCUGCCAAUCAAUGCGCCAGAUGGAUUUGAUCUCGCAGCGAUCGGAAUCGAAAGAGGACGCGAGCUAGGGCUUCCGGACUACAACGCCGCCCGGGCUUUUUUCAAUCUGAGCUCGAUUUCAUCCUAUGCCGAUCUGAUAUCCGAUCCGCAUAUCCAGUCCAUCCUUAGUUCCCUAUAUCCAAACAUAAGCGACCUGGAUGCCUACGUUGGUGCCAUGUGCGAGCCUCCCAACCCGCCGGCCAUAUUUGGGUCCUUGAUCCAAAGCUCGAUCUACGACCAGUUCACACGACUCCGGGCCGGUGAUCGCUUUUUCUACCGCAGGUCCGGCGUUCUGGACUCGUAUCUCAGCUCCAAGCUCAGCACCAUGAAUCUAGGGCAGCUCGUUCAAAUGAACCUGAACAUCCAGUACUUUCCUCGCAAUCCAUUUGUGGUCCCACAAGUCUCGGACAUCCCGGCAUUCUUCAAGGGUCUGUCGGUUCAAGACACGAGUACGCAAGACCUCUCGCAGACCAGUGCGGGAUAUUCCUAUCUGUUUACGAGCGACUAUCGCAUCAGCUGGGAUAUCCGACAGACUGAUGGGUACAUCGACAUCACGCUCGAGUACAAUGGAACAGGAUGGUUCGGCUUUGGUCUCGGCGUUGACAUGAGCAAUGCCGACAUUUACAUUGUCGAUUACAACAGUUCCACCACUGUGACUGUGCUGGACUGCUACUCAUCGAAUUUUCAGCAGCCCAACUUGGACACGGACCUUGGUGGCGUCAACAACGUCAUGAACCUGCGAACUGUCGUUGGAGCCACAUCUGGAAGUCGGGUGGUUGUUUCGUUCAGCCGCCUGCUGAACACGGGCGACCAAUAUGACUUUGUGAUUACCCAGUCUACCAUGCCGGUCAUAUUUGCAUUCACGGACACACAGACCCUCGGAUAUCAUGGCCCUCUCAAUCGCGGACAUGCCUUGAUCAACUUUUUCGACCUCUCUGCAACAAACGUGACCGCCACCGGGACGGCGUCGUCUCCGGACAGCAUCUUCUUUCUGAAGGCACUCCACGGAGCCACAAUGUUCAUCAGUUUUGGAAUGAUGGCUCCUUUGAGUACCUUUGUGGCGCGCUACUCCACCAAGAUGGAUUCGUGGCUGAACAUCCAUCAAGCCAUGAGCAGUUUCAUAUUCAUUCAGGUGCUGAUCGCUGCUGCGUCGGCCAUCGUUGGAGGCUAUGCAACCGAUAAAGGCUCCGUUCAUGCUGUGCUUGGGUUCACAACGGCGGGUCUCAUCUGCAUCUGCACCAUUUCUGGAAUCAUCACAGCGGGCUGGAAAAACGUUCCGUUCGUCCUAAACAACACAUACUGGGUGCGAGCUGUGCACAACACAAGCGCAUACAUUUGUGUCGUGCUCGGGAUCAUCAAUGGCUACUAUGGGCUCGUCAAGAUCACGGCCGGUUGGAGCUACUCUCUCGUUAUCAUCAAUCUUUACAUUACAUGGAUGGUUAUAUUCCCCACAGCGCUCCUGUUCUAUGGAGAGUAUUCACUACGAAACAAAGCCGCCUCUAGCCAGCCGGACAGUGGAAACCUCAACACAGUGAAGCUCCAGGCUCUACCAAACUUUACUUGGGAGGACAUCAACAGCAGAGUUGUUCUUGGCUCCAAGUGGAUAGUCGUAUUCAAUGUUAUUUAUGACUUGGGCAGCUUUAUUGAGAAGCAUCCCGGUGGCAGCAAUCUCUUGAACCACAUCGGCAUGGAUGCUACCCUGGAAUUUCAAGGCCAAAAUCCUGGAAGCCAUCCGCAUAGUCGCCUUGCACACUUCAUCCUCUCUGGGUUUGCUGUUGGAAGGCUCUCUGCAACGCAGGCCAUGAACUUGUCAAGCGCCGGACUGAUGACGCGAGAGCGAUCGGUAAAGAAAACAGAGGAGCUGAAGACAGUUGUUGCUUCAAUGUUCCGUCCAUCAACUGUCAAGCAGUCCAAGGAUCCUGAGACUGGUGGUAAAGACUCUCGGCCCCCUGGCGGCAGCCAGCCUCCCGUCGGAGUCAUCAAUCCCUUACAGUACACACUUCUCAAGAUCUCGUCAAGGACGCUGGUGUCGACUCCGCGCAGCUCCCGCGAGAUCUAUUUGAUUGUAUGCGACUUUGCGAGGUCCGAGGACACCGUCUGCUUCCGCCCGGGAGACCAUGUCGCCUUCCAGUACGUGGCGAGCAACGGUGAUGUCGUAACCCGACAUUACACUCCUAUAGAAUGCACUUGCGUCGGGAGCUUGAAGAUCUUUGUGAAGAUAUACCCGAACGGCAAGAUGUCGCAGUAUCUCAAAUCAGCUUCGUGCAUCCGGGUUCGCGGGCCACUCUCAGACCCGAUGAUCAAGUUCAACCCCAUGCAUCCACACGGCUGCUUCGACCGACUCGGGUUGAUUUGCGGAGGAUCUGGUAUCACACCGAUGCUCCUGAUACUGGACUACUAUUCCAAGUAUGGGCAGCAGCAUCUCAGCCCCAGAGCCACAAGUUCGGUUAUCAGUAUGGUGAUCACUAACCACUCGGAAGACGAUAUAUUUGGGCAAGAUAUUCUACAGAGGUACCAGCGAGAGUUUGGAAGCUCUUUGACCAUCACGAACCUCGUCCACCAAGUCAAUACGAGCUGGUCCGGCAGGAAAGGACGGCUUGACAAGUGCGUCUUGGUCGAGACCAUGCCCGAACCCUGCUCGGUCAAGCUGGAUGUACAAAUGACCGCUCGGGCACCGCGGCAAUCGGUGGGCAUCGGUCGGAUCAUGUUCUCUGCUCAGGGUGACAAUUUCGGUAAGUUCAUUUGAAUGCUGUUGCUCACGAUUCAAGCAAGCAUUUCCCGUGCAUUUGAGUGAGGUUACAUGGCAGCUGCGCCUGCAAAGUCGACCUAUCCGUUUGAUUUUUUUGGAGGAAAGGGUUUGCUGGCUGUUGGAGAAUUGAUGUUCGGCUACCCUGUUGAGCGCUCCUUUGCUCUAUUGGUGCUUCGAUCGAAACACCGGUUCGUCCGCGCAGUCGAAAACUCUCAGUA